UGCGCCGGUGGAGAACCGAAGGUGGGGAGUUGCAACCAGUCACUCGUGUCCUCAGAGAUGAAAAUCACCGGUGAUGUGCGUAUGCAGCGGUCUCGGCGACGACAACGCGAGGUUUAUCCUCCUUUUCAUUGUCUUGGCAUUGUACAUGGUGGCUGGUGCCGUGCUUUUUCAACAGCUGGAGGCUGAUCUUGAAGCACGAGAGGCUGCAAACUUUUGGCGCGUUUACCACACUUUUCGAAGGCAUCACUUGCAGAAUGGUGAGAUCGCUCUUCAAAAAUUGGACGAACUGUUGUACGCCUACGGAAAUGCUUCUUCCGGUACCAUCGAUAAAAGUCAACGAUGGGACUUCUUCGGCAGUCUACAUUUCGUGGGUACCAUCGUUUCCACGAUCGGAUACGGGAAUACUACACCGCGAACGACAGCGGGUAAAGUAGCCGCUGUCCUUUAUGGCUUCCUUGGAUGUUCUGGCGGAAUUCUGUUCUUCAACUUGUUCCUUGAAAGGACCAUCACGUUCCUAGCUUGGAUCUUGCGGAACAUACACGUGAAUCGUUUAAAGAGACGCGUUCGGAAGAACUCGUUGGCUUCCCGACGGUCUUUCAGGUCGUCCAAGAAUGAAAGCUCCGGUUUACCGGACAUAGUCGACGACGACGAUGAUUCUGAUCUCGAUGAAUGGAAACCGAGCGUGUACUGGGUGAUGCUCUUCUUGUUGUUGAUGUGCUGCUCUUUGGCUUGCUGCGCCGCUGCGGUUUAUGCGCCGUUCGAGGACUGGGAAUACUUCGAUGCACUCUACUUUUGUUUCGUCAGCUUCGCGACCAUCGGCUUCGGGGACUUCGUCAGCACGCAGAAAUCUUAUUAUCCUCAUGUUCAUUGGUAUCGUAUCGCCAACUGUGUAUUUCUGGUGAUCGGAUGCUGCUGCACGUACUCCCUGUUGAACGUUACUUCUAUCAUAAUAAAACAAGGAUUGAAUUACAUUAUACAAAAGAUACAAUGCGGGAAUCAAGAUCCGACCGCGUUGCACCUACCCAGGAGGAGGUCCUCUUUGUCUACGAUUUACUUUUCGAAGAGGAGAGGAACGAGAGUGGCGGCGAGGGAUUCGUUCAAAGAUCAUACUGAGACACCGCGAAGGAUGUCCGGAGAGAUGAUCUCUAUGAAGGAUUUCUUUUCGGCGAAUAAGGUUUCUUUAACAGUAAUGCAAAAAGAGUUGCACGAGAUGGCACAGAUGCGAAAGGGUGGAUCCAGUACGACCACGUUUAACACGGCUGUCAAGCCUGACGCAGUUGGCCCGUUGGCUAUCGUCAGCGAAACGCUUAAGGGCAAAAUUUCAAGAAAGAGAUAA